UCAACUGGCAACUCAGUUGAAGCGUAGCUUUAGUCGCCGACGGACGUGUCUUAUUUUCUAAUUAGCACAGUAGCACAAUACUAAAAUUUAUACAUCAACACAUACAUACUUACUCUAAUAUUGUUACGUUGUGAUCUCAUCGCGCGCAUCCAAUGCAUACGUUUGUCACACUUGUAAGCGCACUGCUGCUGCUGGCGGUAGGUGCGCAUGCGCAAAUCAAAACAUCCGGCAUCAAAACGCACUAUCCUGCCGCACCGAACUCGGCCAAUUUGGUGUACAACAACGCACACAACUACACGGCGCAGUACAAUCGCACCUUCACGGCAGCGGACAUCUAUCAGGGUGGCCAGGAUAGCCAGUUUGGUGUGGUGAAUGCGAACGGAUUCGAGGACGAGCGACGUGCACAUUUGGCCAGCGGCAAUCACUUGGCUGUCGGUGAGGAGUACCACUAUUAUGGCGCUGGCGGCAGUUCCAGCAGCGGUGGGGUGGCCAGACAACGCGCGACACAAUUUGUAGACGCCGCCGCGGAGUUCGUCAACAAGACACGCUCUCAAAUGGCCUCGGGCAUUUGCUACACAGAAGUAUCUACCUCAACUUUAGUACGUGAUAAAACUGUAAUACCAGCUGGAAACGGCACAAGUUCGGAUAAGAGCAAGAUCCAAAUAUGCUGCGAGGGUUAUGUGCGCAAUCCACAUGUCUACUCACGCUGCGACCCAGUUUGCCUUGACGACUGCCCCAAUGGCAUUUGCACAGCGCCCAAUACCUGCGUCUGCAUACCCGGCAAUGUACGCAAUCACGAGGACAAAUGCAUCUCCACCUGCCCCAUUGGCUGCGGCAACGGCGUAUGCGAUGAGCAAAAUCAAUGCAAGUGCAAGACGGGCUACACGCUGGAACCGACCACACAGAAAUAUUGUGUGCCGCAAUGCGACCAACCCUGCGAGUUUGGCAAAUGUGUGGCGCCCAAUAAGUGUGAUUGUUUCGAUGGUUUUCGUUUGACCGCCGGCGGUGUGUGCGAGCCGAAAUGCGACAACUGCGAGAAUGGACGCUGCACAGCCCCGGGCUUGUGUACUUGUGACAAGGGUUACUCGAAAGUGGAUGGCGCUUGUGAGCCGGUGUGCACGCUCGGUUGCGAGAAGGGACGCUGUGUGGGACCCGAUGUCUGCGCAUGCACCAAAGGUUUCGAGCUAGAUCGCUCCGGCACCAAGUGCAUUCCACACUGUGAUCAACCCUGCCUAAAUGGUGUUUGCGAUGGAGCAAAUAGCUGUGCCUGCAACCCCGGCUAUGUAUUGGAUGCGGUACAGAAGAAUGUUUGCCAACCAGAUUGUCCGCAAGGCUGCCCCAAUGGCUAUUGCACGGCGCCAAACUUUUGCGUCUGUAAGCCAGGUUACCGCAAAUCUGGCAUAAAGGGUCGCCAAUCCUGCAUAGCAGUCUAAUGAAAUGUGUUAAAUUCCUUCAAUUUUCGAUUCAUGAAUUACUUGAAAUAAAAAUAAAAAAGAGCAUAAUAUAUUUAUACUAAUAAACAUGUAAUGUA